AUGACCAGCUACAAAGUCACCAGCACGGAGCUCAUCAAGGACGCGCUGAACCGCGCCGCCGUCUGGAUCCUCAUCCUCGCCUCCGUCAUCACCGGCGCGACCAGCCACCAGCCCAAAGCCUUUACGAUGCUCUACAUUUUUGGCGCGCUCGCUCUCGCGCUCUCUGGGGGCAUGCUCCUGCACGUCGCCCUCCGCAUCGCCACCAAGAAGCGCCCCGAGACCAACAUGCGCAGGGCCGUCUUCAAGCUUCCCCUCGAGCUCGUGCUGCUCGCGCUGCUCAUCCUAUGCACCUACUUUGGCUUCUCCGUCAGGGGCUCCCGCGGCGCCGACGGGCUCGUGGACGGGGACACCUCCAGCCGCCGCGUCGCCUGCGGUUUCCUCGGCCUCGUGGCCGCUGGUGCUCAGCUUGUUCAUGCCCCAGCCGCCAUGGUCAACCGCCUCAAGGCCAAGUACGCCGAGGAGGACAGCCGCGAGAAGCAGAAUGCCGAUGCGGCGGCCAGCGCUGCUUAG